CCUCACGUGACGCGACGGCUGGGGCCUCCCGGCGCGGGGGACGCUAGUGGCCAAGAUGGCGGCAGAGCUGGUGGAGGCCAAAAACAUGGUGAUGAGCUUCCGAGUGUCAGACCUGCAGAUGCUGCUGGGCUUUGUAGGUCGUAGCAAGAGCGGGCUGAAGCAUGAGCUGGUGACCAGGGCCUUGCAGCUGGUGCAGUUUGACUGUAGCCCGGAGCUUUUCAAGAAGAUCAAAGAGCUGUAUGAGACUCGCUAUGCCAAGAAGAGUGCAGAGCCCGGCCCACAGGCGCCACGGCCCCUGGAUCCCCUGGCACUACACUCCAUGCCCAGGACUCCCCUGUCAGGACCCACCGUGGACUACCCCGUGCUGUACGGGAAGUACUUGAAUGGACUGGGGCGCCUGCCCACCAAGGCCCUUAAGCCGGAGGUACGCCUGGUAAAGCUGCCUUUCUUCAACAUGCUGGACGAGUUGCUGAAGCCCACUGAGCUGGUCCCACAGAGUGCUGAGAAGCUGCAAGAGAGCCCGUGCAUCUUCGCGCUGACCCCUCGGCAGGUGGAGAUGAUCCGCAACUCCAGGGAGCUGCAGCCUGGAGUGAAAGCAGUGCAGGUGGUACUGAGGAUCUGUUACUCUGACACCAGCUGUCCACAGGAGGACCAGUAUCCACCCAACAUCGCUGUGAAAGUCAACCACAGCUACUGUUCAGUGCCGGGCUACUAUCCCUCCAACAAGCCUGGUGUGGAACCCAAGAGGCCCUGCCGCCCCAUCAACCUUACCCACCUCAUGUAUCUGUCCUCGGCCACCAACCGCAUUACUGUUACCUGGGGCAACUAUGGCAAGAGCUACUCUGUGGCUUUGUACCUGGUGCGACAGCUGACCUCCUCAGACCUGCUACAGAGGUUGAAGACGAUUGGGGUGAAGCAUCCUGAGCUCUGCAAGGCUCUGGUCAAGGAGAAGCUUCGCCUAGACCCUGACAGCGAGAUCGCUACUACCGGAGUGCGAGUGUCCCUCAUCUGCCCACUGGUGAAGAUGCGGCUCUCGGUGCCCUGCCGUGCAGAGACCUGCGCACACCUGCAGUGCUUUGAUGCCGUGUUCUACCUACAAAUGAAUGAGAAGAAGCCCACGUGGAUGUGCCCUGUGUGUGACAAGCCCGCAGCUUAUGACCAGCUCAUCAUAGAUGGGCUGCUGUCGAAGAUCCUGAGUGAGUGUGAGGACGCAGAUGAGAUUGAGUUCCUGGCGGAAGGUUCAUGGCGCCCAAUACGUGCAGAGAAGGAACCAAGCUGCAGCCCACAGGGCCCCAUCCUGGUGCUAGGCACCUCGGACGCCAACGGGCUCGCACCAGCCUCCAGCACCCCGGGCAUGGGAAGUGGCCUGAGUGGCCCAGGCGGCGCCGGCGGCGGGGCGGGGGCGGCCGGUGGCCUGGAGAACGGCAAGACAGGCGCAGACGUGGUGGACCUCACACUGGACAGCUCGUCGUCCUCAGAAGAUGAGGAUGAGGACGAGGACGACGAUGAGGACGAUGACGAGGGCCCCCGGCCGAAGCGCCGCUGCCCGUUCCAGAAGGGACUGGUGCCCGCUUGCUGACGCCGCUGCGGGGCGCUGGAGGGCGGGAGCCGCUCCCGUCCAUCAUUCCCUCGCCCACCCCUCCCCGGCUCCCGGCUCCUGUACUUCUGGACUCUCCUCUUGGGGGGGAUUAAAAAAAAAGUAAAAUGACAAAAAAAAAAAAAACAACCAAACAAACAAAAAAAAAAACGAGAAAAUAAACACUUACACGGGCCGGCAGCCUGCACGCCACCUCCCGGAGCAGCCCGCGGGGCGCGGGGACCUCGGACACUGGACAGCGGCCGGCGGCUGUCCCCGCUCCCUGCGUUGAGGCCGAGCCCUGACCCCGGAGUGCUGGCCUGGUCGCAACCAGUUUUAGUUGAGAAGCCAUGGUGGGGCGGCGGGCCGGGGACGGUGGCCACAAUGUGCAAUAACGUGGUGUCCCGGGGCCGGGCGCGGCGGCAGACCCGGGUGGCAUGGGGGGGUGUCGUUUCUAGCCAGCUACCUCGGUAACUCCAAUUCAUUCAGGUUAACUUCCCCAUGGGGCAGCCGGCCGCGGGCUUGGGCGCUGUCGCUCUGCUCUUGUGUGGCCCGCGGCAUGGGGCUCCCCGGCUGCCUCCUUACCCUCCGGAGCCUCGCUCUUCCAACGCCCCGCUGCCAGGCAGACCUCGGGGCAUCCUGCCGCCCUCCCCACCCGACUCUGUCAGGAAGCAAUACCGGGUCCGGUCUGGAGCUGGGCGGCCUGGCGGUGUCACCGCAUGAACUCGCUGGGAGGCCGGGGCCCUGGCCAGCCACACGGCACUCUUUUCUAAUAUUUGUAUUCUAAUUUAAUUGUUUUUUAAAAAUGCAAAUAAAAAAAAAGAACGAAGA